AUGUUGCAUGUUUGGGCUCUGCUGACAGGCUUGCUACUGUCGAUUGUUGGUGGGUGCAUCUUCCAGGACUUCGGCAAGCUCAACAAGGCUACCGACAUCUAUGGCGCCCUUUUUGGAUCGCUUGAGCUGCUACUCCUGCAGGUAAUCAUCAUCGUCUGCCUUUACGUAUACUUAAUGGUGUUCAUUCCGCAGGAAAAGAAAAGUCUCGUCAGAGAACAUUCGCGGAUGGUGGGAGAACGGUGGGACGUUGAUCUUUGGUGGACUGCCGAUUCUCGUGCUGUAUUCUUCCUGGCUGUUCCUAAUGGCUGUCACGAUGUAUUUCGAGGGCGAGUUAAUUCUAUAGGUGACGGUCCGCUCGAUUAUGGUUGCAUGAAGAGUUGGCUGACGCUGCCCAUAGUCGCACUCCUGGCACUCAUUGCCAUACACAAGAGUUUCCACACAGCGGGAUGGAUUGGGCACGAGCUCCGGCGCAUACCAGAGCCCAGUUCACAGGACAGCUCCUCAGAGGACUUCUGCUGA